AUGGCUGAACAAAAGAAAGCAGAGAGACUAGCUGCUUUGGCCAGGGCUCAGGUGAAUGUGCAGAAUUUAGGUCAAAAAGCACGUCACCAGAAUCCUGAUGAUAAAGACUUGGUUGAUGAGGAAUUUCUGAAUCCUCAAAACCUAAGGAGAUCUGAGCAAGUUGCUGCACUAAUGCAGCGAAACAUCAAUAGAAACCAUCCAGUCCGAGGAACAUAUGACGAUGAACCAUUGCUCAGAUGGACUAGAAAGAGGGCUGGUCCUAAGACACUACCUCCGUCUAAGCCUAUUGAGGUGGAUGAUACUGAUGAUACUGAGGUAAAAACCUCAUUUGAGCAAGCAUCGGAGGAACAAGGAUCAAAACACACUGAGCAGGAAUCAGAGGACAGCGAACAAGAAUCUAAAAAUGAGGGUUUUAAGAAGCCUGUAGCUGAAGAAACUGAGUUUGAAUUACUAUCAUCGGAGCAGCAAGGUAUUAAGGUUGAGUUACAUGCCAAGAAGACCCACAACCCUAUCAGAAAAGAUGAAAUUCAGCCAAGCUUGCGACUUGAUCGAGAUGCAGUUGGCGCAGUAGAUCCUCCAUUCACUGAGACUGUUUCAGCACCAGAUAUGGAGGUGCAAAGCUCUGAAGAUGUACUACCACCACUAGCAUAUUCAACACAGGUCGGCUCAGUACCUCAAAGUAAGCUAACUACCUCAGUUCCUCCAGCAGCAACAGGAUCAACCAUGGAUGAUGUAGAGAAAGAAAUUCCUAUCCUUGAUCUUACUGCGGAUUCCCCGAAGAAAAGGAACAAAAAGGGGAAAAAGAAAGGCAAGAACAAGAGAGAUGAGCCAGAUAGUGAAGUGGAGAGAAAAGCUAAAAAGAAAGCAAAGAAGAAGGCAGAGAAGAAGGACUUGAAAAGGGCAUGA